AUGAUUUACAAGUUGAACAUCACGAGCCCGGCUGUCAUCAAGGCGGCGAUUGAACUUACAGGUGCGAGUCUUUUGCCAGAGUUGCAAACGCUUCCAGGAAUCAAGGGUGUGCCCGGAGCUUACGAGAUGGUUGUGUAUGCUGGGCAACUGGCAUAUGCAGAGGCAUACAAGUAUGUGUACUAUGUGUCGAUUGCCUUUGGAGCUGUGUCCAUCAUCGCAGCCUGCUUCUUGGGAGAUAUCAACAAGUACAUGGAUGAUCAUGUCGCGGUCGUGAUUCACUAA